UUGGGGGGAGAAGUUUGUGGAUCGCAGGGAAGGGGCUCUGCUUUCAAGGUGGGGGGGCAUCAGGAGUCCCUGCAACCCUCCUGAGGGGGUCUGGCUGUGAACUAAACUCAACCUCCUUCACCCCCGGGGGAAUGGCCAACGCUCACAACAUCCAGUCGGCCACCGCCAAGAGUAUCCGGCCGUUCCGAUCCAGUGGGGAGUACCUGCUAGCCAUGAAGGAAGACCUGGCCGAGUGGCUGCAUGAGCUGUAUGGGCUGCAGCUGGAUGCCCAGGGGCUGCUGGAUGCACUGCAGACCGGCUGCCUCCUGUGCACUCACGCCAACAAUGUGACCAGAGUGGCCAUGGACUUCUCCCGGGAAUACCCCCAGCUCCUGUCCAAGCUGAAGCUGCCCCAGGCCGGGGUCACCUACACCACCUCAGCCCAGCCCGGCACUUUCCAGGCCCGGGACAACAUCUCCAACUUCAUCAACUGGUGCCGCAAGGAACUAGAGAUCCAAGAUGUGUUAAUGUUUGAGACCGAGGACCUGGUGCUGAGGAAAAACAAGAAGAACGUUGUGCUGUGCCUGCUGGAGGUGGCGAGGAGAGCCUCCAAAUUUGGGAUGUUGGCCCCGGUCCUCAUUCAGAUGGAGGAACAGAUCGAGGAAGAGAUCCGGGAGGAGAUGGAUCUGCCAUCGGAGACCAUCCCUCCGAGACCCAAACCACAGAAGGAGCUGUGUGAUUUCAGAAACUUGGAUGAAAUGGUACGUCACCUGGUGAGCCGGUGUACCUGCCCCGAUCAGUUUCCCAUGGUAAAAGUCUCCGAAGGGAAAUACAAAGUGGGCGACUCCAACACUUUGAUUUUUGUGAGGAUCUUGCGGAGUCUUGUGAUGGUGCGAGUGGGUGGGGGAUGGGACACCCUGGAGCAUUACCUGGACAAACAUGACCCCUGUCGUUGCACGUCACUCACUCACAAGCAAGUGUCCAGGUUCAGCAGCCCACACAGACCUGUCAAUCCUGUUCACCAGAUCAAGGUUCGCCUGCCACCGAGGACAGACCAGACAAACAAGCCACAGGCGGCGCUCAUUCUAUCAAGGUCACAAAGUCCCAUGCCUCCAGUGGAGUGGAGACUAAACACGCCAUCUGCUGUUUCAACACGAGGUCGCAGUGCUGUUCGGCCCCCGUCACCCAAUGUUCACACCCCCUCUGCAGGUCAUUUGACCACGAGGACACCUCGGGACAAAUCAGAGCCACGGCAACUCUUUCACACCAGGCAGAAAGAUCAGCCAGCUACUCCUUCCUACCAGACGUCAGUGAACGUUGAGAGCACCAAAGCCAACUCCAACGCUACCACAGCAGCUCGAACAGGGAGAGAGAGGAGCAGGACUUUGCCAGCACCUUCUAAAUCUUCUGCGGCCCAGGAUAACAAACGUAUCCUUGUGUCUACAGUGGAUACCAAAAAAGUACCAAGUCAGCUUGCUGUUCCUCAACAAUCCAAUACCAGGUUGAACCAGACUUGGACCAGUGCCCAGUUUAUUGAGUCUAAAGUGGACCAAAGUAACUCAAAUGAAGGCAAGCCAAGCACCAGUGCAGUUUCCCAGAAAUCCUGUUCUGAAAUGACCCCCCGAACCUCAAAAGGCUCAGUGAGGAGUAAUUCGCCUGCGCCUAGCCGAGUCAGUAAGCUCUCCCUUGUUCAAGUUGCUGAGAGGAGAAGUGAUAAGGGUCAAGUGUCUCAUCGCCCUCUCAGCCCGGAUGGUACCUGGCAAGAAGGCUGUUGGCAGGAGCCAAAGUGUGUCAGCAAGCCACCACGCGAUGGAGACAAGAAGUGGUCUCAACCAAAAAGUCGGAUGCGCUCGCGGACGCCCGAGCCUUACAGCAUCAAUAACAAUAAUAACAAAAGUGUGGACAGUGACAUGCGCGAGCUGUGUACGUACACAGCUCCUCCCAUAAAUCCUACACAAGAGUCAGAACUCUACAAGAGCCUCGAAGAUGAGAUUGCAUCCAAUAUGAAGGCUCUGCAGGUGGGUCUACAUGAGGUCAGUGAACUUGAUGCAUUUGCUUUGGUCCCCAGUCAGUCCAGUUCUUCAAAAUGUAAGCAACCUGACUCUCCGAUUUCAUCCAAACGUUUGGUUUCCUCACUCCCCAGUCCUUGUGAUAGCACUCGUCAGCCUUACAGCUGUAUCAAUGUGGCGUCAACCCAGAUGGGAAGAGUGACGGAGAAUGGCUGCAGUUUUAAUGCUGUUCUGGCUGAACUUGUUAGUGGAACACAGAAGCUUAAUCGGGUGGACAUUGAGAACUGGAUAGCAAAGAGCCCAAAGAUGUUGCUCACUAAAUCGAGUGCUAAUCCACAAGCAGCAGCUUUGUCCUCUGUUGAAACCGUCACACCUUUUCCCAACAGAAUUGAAGUGAAAAGUGAAAGCUGUACUAAGAUUGGAUCAAAAUCUGUUCAGUGCAAUCAACAGACCAAUGACUUUAAAGGCACUAACCUCAACAGUGUGAAGAGUCAAAUAAUGUUGGCUCAGAAUAAUUUGAACGCCGUUGAGGUGAAUUCCAGAUCCACAAAUGAAGGAUCUGAUACUAAUUCUUCGUUGGAAUGGAUAGAUUCACCCUGCACUCUCCAGAAAGCCAAAGCUCAACAAGAAAGACAAAAGCGGUCACUGAGAAAGCCGGAGAGAGUUCCUUCCAUCUACAAACUGAAGCUUCGCCCCAAGAUACGGCCCAGGAGGGACAACCGACCUGAGAAGAAGCCAUCGAGAAUUCCCACUCCGUUAUCCUACAGAGAGGCAGACAAAACUGUAAAGGGUAUGCCAAAAUCUGGAAGCUCCCAGAAAUCCCACAAAGCCAACAGCAAGGUUUCAAAGUCUAAAGUUCAGGGAAGACAGAUCCCGGCUUUACAUUUCACCAAACCCGAGGAGGAUCUUGGUUCAGGAGAAGACUUUUGGGUUCAUCAGCACAGUGUUUCGCCAAGUGACAGAACUGCAGUACAGCAAUCCAUUAUACAGGACUCUGGGCAAAGACAAGAAGAUGAGGAAUCUUGGGUUUAAAAGUUUGAAAGAAAACCUGAGUAAUAGCUCAACCUCAAGCAAUUUGUUUAUUGACCACCAAUAUUUAGUGUGUGUGUGUUGUUCCUCAACACAAACACUCCAUUGCAAGGCAGAAGAAACAGCUCAGCCAGGUCCACGGGCACACUGAAAGCCAACACGUUUUAUAAUGAAAUUAAACCUGGUGAUAAUUGCAUAAGACAAAAGGUACAAGAAAACCAGCACCAUAACAAUUGCACUACUUAAUGCUCAUUAACCCAAUAGAGGAGAUGGCACACGCUCAUCCAGAAAGUGAUGAAAAGUUUGAAAGUCAAUCAAAGGAGCAUUAAGUGAAAGACAUUUUGUCCUUAUCAAAUGACCUAAUGUAUCUUUAUACCAUGAUCAGCAAGAGUGAAUCAAUUAAAGUGUGGGGUUUCAACACUAAUUGUUUACAAACUCUGAUUCGGUUUUGAUGUGUUUACAAGUAGUUUCACAAAUGAUUAUAAUGAGCUUAUCACAAUGUCACUUGUUUUAUAGAUUUAUAUGGUGUCUUCUUUGUUUUCUAAACUUUGAUCAGGUUAUUAAUAAUACUGUUUAUUCCCGCUUGGUCAGAUAUUAAAUCCUAAUUUCUCCCCUGUAUUCAUAUUUGAAAAACAACCUGAAUAGUCUAAGGUCGCCCUGAUUCUUUGAUCUCGAGUCCACCCCUGCCACACGAGUAUGUGAGGGCCAGGGCAAAUGGAACAUGGGGUUAUAUCAAUGAGUAACUUUAAAUUGAGAGCCCAGCCAUUCAGGGGUGGGAUCAGUGAACGCAUAAUCCUAACAGAAUUGGGAAUAGAAACUUGGACUGUGUCCACUACAAAACUGUUGAGGCUAAUUGAGCUCAGUUGAAAGCUCAAUGCUGAUGGAUAUUUGUUAGGUCAGAGUAUUAAGGAUAAUAGAACCAUGACAAGGCAGGAGUUCUUAUACAUGAUGAUUGAAUGGCAGAAAUGGUUCAAAAUGCUAAAUAAAUCCUAAUUUCCAAUGAUCCCAUGGCUUAUAAGUACCAGGUGAUUAUGCAGAAGCUAUGCUAAGUAUUAACAAGGGCUUGGAAUGAUGGUUGUGGUUAUUGGAGGAUAUGUUCUCUUGUGUUCCAUGUGGUGAUGUUGUUAACACACAGGACUUUGCCACAUCUCGUGCCUUAAUUGGAAAGCAACUGAGGGUUCAUAAUUCUGAUGCACUUACCAGUGGGAGAAUUGUUCACCAGUACACUGACUCUUCCUAUCCUGCACCAGAGACUUCCAAUUCUAUGGCAUCCACAUUUUAUGAAGAAAUUAUUUUUGUUGCUGUACUGUUGCUAAUUUAUUUUACAGUCAAAAUAAUUUCUGGAAAAGGAGUAGACAAUCAUAACUAUUUUCAAUAAAGAGAUUUUUCAUUUAAACAUUUGUGUGACUUAAUGGGGUUUUAACAACUUGUUAAGACUGGCUUCAUAAAUUCCGAAGGCUGCAUUUUUCAUGGGCAAUGUCAAUAUUAACUUGUCAUGCUGUAAUAAUGCCCUCCUGCCACUUGAGGUGCUGCAGCCUCUCACAGGUUUGUUACUUUAAAAUGUCAAACUCUUGGGCGUGACUUCUCAGGGAUCAGCUAAAAUGGAAAUUUAUUUGUUGAUUUAUAUUCAAUUAAUAAAAUAGUUAAAUUAAAAAUAGUUUGUUCAGUUGGUAAAUGACAGAGAGGAAUAAAUAGGCACUAGGAAACUGAGCAAUCAAAUUACUUUUUAUAAAAUGAGGGUUACAAAUCCAAACAAGCAAGUGGUAAGAAAACUGAUUAAUCACUCCAAAAUAUUUGUGAGAUCUUUUUGUACUGUCAUCUUAAUGUUUCCUUUGUUGAAUAUGUUAUUAAUAAAAGUAAAAUAUAACAU